AUGUAUCAACUUCCCGUUGGUAAUUUGGAAAAAAUCAGAAGAUCAAGGAAGAGAGUCAAAAAUAUUUUGUCUGAAAUUGGACUUGAGAAUUGUAAAAACUUGCUAGGGGAGCUGCAAAGCUUUGAUGCUGGUGACAAAACUUUUCAUAACACAGACUGGGCUGAUUUCACCGAAGGCCACAAUGGGAAGAGGAGAAAAAAGUGGAAAUACCGCACUCAGACACUGUGCUGCAGUCUGUGCAAGUUUUCAGCACGAUCCUGGUACACCUACAAAGGCCACAUUCAGCGGUGCCACGAAGAGGAGCAAGAUCUGGGUUUGUUGUCUGUCUGCUCCUGCUGCUCGUUCAUUGGCCACCCCAGGGUCAUCGCAAAGCACUUCAAAAUCUUCCAUAUCGGGCAUUUGAAGGCCCCUGCGUUAGCGGCCCCGCCCCUUAUGUCGCAAACUCCAAUUGGACCACUGCCCCCGCAAUCCAAUGCGGUGGAGAGAUACUCGUGUCGGAAAUGCUCCUACCACGACACAAUGAUUUACUGCAUGAAGAAGCACGUCUUGGUGAACCAUUACAUGUCUCUGCUGAACCGCUACUUUGGGCAGCGGACGGAUGUGGAGCAGAGGGCCAAGGGUUCGAACUCCCUCAAGUUCUUCUGCAAGAUGUGUUUGCUUGCUGCCGAAAGCUCGGAACAUUUGAUCUACCACAUCCUGUCCUCUGACAAGCACAAAGAGCUAGAGGUGCACAUCAACGCCUUGAUAUAUGAACAUGGCAAGGUUGGGAAGAAGUAUCUCCCCAACCUGGCACCAAAGGCUGUGCUGCAGCAUGUUUACAACACUCCUCUGGUUCCCAGGAAUGCUGACCCACCGACAGGGAGCACCUUGGCUCUCCAGCGACCCGAUGGGAGUCCAGUGACCGCGGGGCCUCUGUCUGGGACAGUGCUUCAUGGAGGCCCUCAUAACACAACCACUCUGGUGUGUGCCCCAGGGACGAGCCCGGCCUUUCUGCCUGCCCAGGCUUCAGCUCUGGUGCAGCUGGCCAGCGCGGAGGCCAAAGGCUUGCUGAGGCCUGGUUCGGCGGUGGCCGCUCUUCAGAGCACCCAGCCCCCAAGGGGGAUCCCAGCCACCCUGCCCACGACAGUGGGGCUGACCACACCCCUGGUUCAGGCUUCAACGGGUGCAGCCCCGGCGAAUGUCUCUCACAACGCCCCCAAACCGCUGCCGAUCACGGCGGGUGUGCCCCCGCCACAGCUGCCACCGCCACCGCGGCCGGUCUUCCUCCCGCCGGGCGUUCAGGUCAACGUCCAGGGCAACCUGGGCCUGCGGGCACCAGCCCCCCAGCCCCUGCUCGUGACCCAGAGGCUCCCUCUGAACCAGCCCACCCCCCGGGGCACCAUGCUCACGUCGCAGUCUCUCCUCAGCCACCUGAUCCCCACGGGAAACAAGGUCAACGGCUUGCCCACCUACACCCUGGCACCCCUGCAGGUCACCAUGCCAGUCCAGCCCGGCGGCGUCCCCGUCGUUGGCAAAGGGCCCGUCCCGGUGAGCCAGAUCAACAGCACCGUCCUGCCGCAGCCAAACAAGUCGCUGGACGACUGCGUGCUGGACCCCUCUGCUGCUUCCAAACAGGCCAAGAAGUGGAUCACGUGCCCAGUGUGCAACGAGCUCUUCCCUUCCAACGUGUACCAGGUGCACACAGAGGUGGCUCACAAGGCCUCCAACAAAUCCAGCAGGCUGAAAGGGUUGGCGGCGAGAGCGCCCUUUUUGAAGAAGAUGCCCGAUAAAACGGUCAAAUGCCUGAUGUGCAAAGUCCUGCUGUCGGAGAAAGGACUGUUUGAGCACCUGUUGCAUGGCCUGAAUUGUUUGUAUUGUUCAGGAAUUUUCUACUCAAUCAAACAGCUCAUGGACCACACAAACACAGAGCACAGUUCUAUGCAGAAGGCCAACUGUGACUAUAUGAGGCGGGAGUAUCGGCUGUAUACCGAUGACUACGGCAACCUUUUGUUUCCGUACUUUGACAUAAACACCACUGCCCCUAAAGAGCUAAUGGGCGACAAGGAGUUAAACCUGGCUCUCGUCACGAGUUCUCUAGACCUGAUCUUCUUGAAGAUGUUUCCGGGGUCAGCCGUUCAACCGGUCAGCAGGCCGCUUAUAAAUAAGACUGGCAUCACCAUCUGCCCCUUCUGUCCCGAAAAACUGCACGGUGCAGAGAAUUACAAUCUGCAUCUUAAGGUCAAGCACUAUAUUGUGCCCACUAUCCAUGCCAUACUGAAGACCCCAGCGUUUAAGUGCAUAUACUGCAGUGGGGUGUAUACGGGGAAAACCACGCCCAAGGCCAUCUCCAUCCAUGUACAGCGAUGCAAGUGCGCGCCAAAGGCCAGCAAAGAUGUGGAGAGGCUGAUAACCCCGGACCCCAACAGCCAGGCGGCACCCGCUGCAAACAGGCCCCCUCCACAGGCGCCUCCUGUGAUCACGCCCGCCCCGCAGGUCACCGCCCCGGCACCCGUCCCCAGGGCCGCGGCCAACGAGACUGAGCUGCAGAGCAUGCUGAAGCUCGAGAUGGCGGUUCGGGAGGCGGUGGAGGCCAAUAAGCGGGAGCGGGAGGCCCGGGCGGCCAAGCGGAGGAAGGUGGAGGUCCCGGAGGCCCCUCCGGACCCCCCCGUGUCGCUCGUCCUGGACCCCACGGGGAUGGAGAUGCGCUCCUUCGAAGACCGCAGGGAGUUCCUGACCAAGUACUUCAACAGGAAGCCUUACCUGACCAAGAAGGAGUUGGAUCUCCUGGCCUCUCGCCUGUGGUUCAACAAGAGCGAUGUGGCGUGCCACUUCGGCACCAAGCGCACCAAAUGCAUGAGGGCAAUCCAGAGGAACAGGACUGCAGUUCUGCUGGGCUUUAACAUGGCCGAGCUGAAGAAGGUGAAGCACGACCUUCUAAUCCCUGAAACGGAACCGGAAAAAACAGCUGCUUAAAUAGUUAUCAUAACUAUAGCCAUGUACUGAUGGAUUUAGAACAAAAAAGUGUACAGUGUACAAUACUUUUUUUAGGAACUUAUAUAGUGUACAGUAGUCAAGUUACACAAUUCUUUGUGCAGAUUUAUGCAUUUUGGCCUAAAAUGUAUGCACUGCGGACAACAUAAGUGUGGAGCAUUGUUGGCAAAUGGAUGACUUCAGUUUUCUUGACUUAAUGGCAGAUGAAGAACUUUACUCCAGCAUUGUCUCACACAGUUGACUAAGGACUGUGGAAAAAAAUUGUAAUUAGCAACAAGAGAUGUUAACCAUUGUAUGCUUUAUUCAUUUAAUACGCCUGUAAAUUUUGGAUACAAGCUGUUGACCCUAAGUUAGAUUUUCUUUUUAAGCAAUAACUUUUUUUGAAAAUGUCUCUGUCGUACAUAAGAUGGCAGCAUGUUUAACGGUAAAGAAAACUGUCAUUAGCCUUGAAAAUUGGGUGGCUGUAACUUACUUGUCAUCCAAGCUUAUGAGGUCAUG